AUGACUCUACUUAGAACAACUAUACGCAGUGUUUUCACAUUUAAUGCUAGGAAUUAUAGUUUAAAUUUGCAGACCAAAAGACCGCCGAAAAUUUUGAUUACUGGUGGCCUGGGUCAACUUGGCGUGGAGUGUGCCAAGUAUCUCCGCGGGAAGUAUGGAAGAGACAACGUUCUACUGUCUGACAUAAUAAAGCCAACCACAGAAGUUUUAAACGACGGUCCAUGCAUCUUUGCCGAUAUACUAGACUUCAAAGGGCUCCAGAAAAUAGUUGUGGACCACCGAGUCGACUGGCUCAUACAUUUCUCAGCUCUUCUUAGCGCGAUUGGCGAACAAAAUGUCCCUCUAGCAGUUAGAGUUAAUAUAGAAGGAAUGCAUAACGUUAUCGAACUCGCAAAGCAGUAUGGACUUAGGAUUUUCGUACCGAGUACGGCAGCAGCGUUUGGACCAGACUCGCCUAGAAAUCCAACGCCCAAUAUAACUGUCCAAAGGCCUAGAACUAUUUAUGGUGUUUCAAAAGUACACGCGGAAUUGUUGGGUGAAUAUUACUUCUACAAGUUUGGACUGGACUUCCGUUCUCUACGAUUCCCUGGGGUCAUAUCGAGCGACGUACCUGGCGGAGGCACUACAGACUACGCAAUCGCAAUAUUCCACGACGCAAUCCGCAAAGGUAGAUACGAAUGUUACCUCAAACCUGACACAAGAUUACCGAUGAUGCACGUCAGGGACGCCCUACGUGCCCUUUCGGAGUUCUUGGAAGCGCCCAACGAACAGUUGAAUAGAAGAGUUUACAACGUAACAUCGAUGAGCUUUACUCCCGAAGAGCUGGCUGAUCGGAUGGUUAAGCAUUUGCCUGACUUCCAAGUCACAUACAAACCCGAUAGUAGACAAGAAAUAGCUGAUUCCUUCCCUCAGGUGUUAGAUGAUAGCGAAGCACGAAGAGAUUGGAACUGGAAACCCCAAGUGGACUUCGACGAGUUAGUGAAACUUAUGGUGAAAGACGUUACAGAAAAAAUAACGGCCAAUGGGUUUUAAACACAGAGUACCCACGUACCUUUAUAAAUUCUAUCAAUAGUAAAAGUAAAAUUAUAGUCUAUGUUACACGGUGAUAAUGAAGCUUUGUAUUGGUGAAAGAAAUUUAAAAAAACGGUACAGGUAUUUCGGAGGCUAUUGAUAGCAAAUAUACAGAAAAUAUAAUAUUCUAUUAGUUUAGAACUUUAUACAAUGCCGUGUUGUUGGUGCCAGUGACGUAAGUGCAACAAGACAAGUGAAGUAAAGAAGGUCCCUCGAUUAAUGUUGCUAACAGGAAAAUACCCCAAUGCACUUUAUUAUAAAAGUUGAUGU